AUGUCGUUUGACAUAUUUCCUAUAUUAACCCAAGAGUACAAGGACUAUUUGAGGAAUGAUAGUGUGUGUACGAAAUGCGAGCGUCAUUUCGAUAGCCUCAACAACCUGCGACAUCACAAGCCGGUGCAUCUGAAGCCUUCCGUCGAAUGCUAUGGAUUCACUCCGUCCUUCACCACUUAUUCUACGAUGAUAAUCCAUCUAGAGUCUAGGAGGUAUACGUCUGGUAUUGAUAUUCUGUACUUAGACAAGUCAGCUGCAAUUUUUUAUCAAUGGCAGAAGUUCCUACACGAGGGAUACUAUGACGAUAUCCUUAGCUAUUAUGAUUUGGAGGAAGAGUACGAUAGCGCGGCUUAUCCGUUUAGGUGUCCAGAAUGCGACACUAUGUUUUCGAAACUUUCAGGGCUCUUCCAGCAUGUAGGCAGUGGGUCUUGCGAACAGAGGCUAAACUGCGGGCCGAUAGCCAAGCUUGUGGAGUGGUUGUCAAACAGACAUGCCUAUUAA